GUUAUUUAUUCCUUAAUUAUAGUACAUGUCCUUCCAUGCGUGCGCGCGCUUGCUUAACAAUGCGACGUGCAUCCCUGGCUUGUCAUGCGGGGAAUUUUUUCCAGUGUAUGGCAUGGGUUUCUUCUACAUACGAUUGAUCCACCAAACUCCCCAUGUCUAUUUCCAACGGCUGCACCAAGCUGGACUUUGUGGAGAAAGGCUAGCUUUGAUGUCUGUAGGCUAUUGUUUGUUGCUUUUACUAACUCGGGAUAUACAUGGCAGGACCGACAAGACAACCACUACUCGCAGAUUCUUUUAGGGAUCAUCCU